AUGGCAGUUUCAGCAGCAGACGUGCGCAGUGCACUACAAUUACCAGAGCCAGGUCCUUCAAACCCACAGCGCAAGUCCAGUACCCCAGCGGCCACAACGAAUGGAGCAACAUCGACGGCGCGUAGGCCAGAAGGCAUCUCGCGCGAGCUAUACUCGUUGAUAGGUCCCUCCCAGCCGUUCUUGGCUGCUCAACUCAACAAACCGAAGCUCAAGCAGAAGCCUAAAUUCUCUAGUGCGGACGCUUCAACGAGUGCAACCAAAUGGGAGUUGAGGCCGUUUAAGAAUGCGGCUAGAAAGGACGGUCUAGAGUUACGCCACUGGGUGAAAGCGUCAGAAGACCCAGAAGCUGAAUAUCCAUUCGCCAAGUAUAACAUCGAGAAUCCACAUUAUGUUUUCUCUCAAGAAGAAUACUCGCGUUAUCUUGAAGAAAAACCAUGGACGAAAGAACUCACGGACUACCUGUUCGAGCUUUACCGCGAAUACGAUGGAAGGUGGUAUGUUAUCUGGGAUAGAGCCGAGUUCCCACCAGAGUGCAACUUUGACAUCGACGAUUUGAAAGACCGCUACUAUGGCGUAUGCAGGAAAUUAAUCCGCAACCGACCUUGGCCACACGACGAAGCCAGUAAAGCUCAACUGCUCAGCUCGCUCAACUUUGACAAAGAGCGAGAAAAGAUGCGCAAGAAGUACGUUAUCAGCCUUGAAAGCCGAACGCCGGAGCAACUCGCAGAAGAAGAAGCACUCUAUGUCGAAAUACGACGUCUCGAGCAAACGGAACGGCGGUUCAAGCGCGAGCGAGAAGAGCUACUUCGAACACUUGCGGGAAUGGACUCGGGAUUACCAGACCUUGUGGAAGAUGACGGCACACUUCUGGGUGUUACACCAGAUGUCAGACCGUCGAAAAAACGGAAAGGAGUGGACAGAGACAGCCCAGCACCUGGUGUAUCGUCUGUGUCUUCACCCGUUAAACGACUGGCUUCAACACGGGACGCGGCCUAUGAUGCCCAACACUGUAUCAUUCGAACGGGAGACGGCUCUGGCACGACAAAAGCAGCACACACUCCGGCUUUCAUUCGUUCAGCCAAGAUUCCAUGGCUCAAGAACAACUCGCUACAACCCAAGAUCAUCCAGGCGUUCACCGAGAUGGGACUUUCGCCUUCCCGCUUGGUUAUGCCCACCAAAGAGAACGUCGCCCAGCUGGAGGCUCUCAUUGAAGCUGUUACCGCGAUGGUGGAGACCAAACGACACCUGGAUAAAGUCGAGUACGACAUCCAGGUUGUGAAACAGCAAUUGGAGGCUCAGUCGGAAGGAGGUGAGGGCACUAUCAAAACAGACGGGGAUGCCAUGGACAUUGAGGAAGAAACGGACGGCAACGACGGCCGAGCUCAAAGUGUGAUGAGUGCACGGAGUGUGGGUCGUCACAAGAAGAAGUCACAUCGGUCAAUGUCAAUAUCCUCGGUUGAUACGGCUGCCACUAACGCUUCAACGAGAGCACUUCCUAAGCGACAGAAGCGGGGGUAG